CGCGAGAUCUGUGUGUAUGAAACAUGCCCAUGAUGCUUUGCAGGUCCUCUUUCUAGGCGGCGGUGAGGAUGGGUAUCUCGAGGGAUAGCUGGCACAAACGCCGCAAGACCGGUGGCAAACGCAAACCUGUCCAUAAAAAAAGGAAGUAUGAGCUCGGACGCCCGCCAUCAAACACAAAGAUCGGACCGAAGCGGAUCCACACGGUGAGAGUUCGCGGUGGGAAUAAGAAGUACCGCGCUCUCAGGCUGGACGUGGGAAACUUCUCCUGGGGCUCUGAGUGCUGCACCCGUAAGACCAGGAUCAUCGACGUGGUCUACAACGCCUCCAACAACGAGCUGGUGAGAACCAAAACUCUGGUGAAGAACUGCGUGAUCCUGGUCGACAGCACCCCCUUCAGGCAGUGGUUUGAGUCGCACUACGCGCUCCCCCUCGGACGCAAGAAGGGCGCCAAACUGACCCCUGAGGAGGAGGACAUUCUGAACAAGAAGAGGUCAAAGAAGGUUCAGAAGAAGUUUGAUAAACGCAGGAAGGAUAGUAAGAUCAGUUCUCUCCUGGAUGAACAGUUCCUACAGGGGAAGCUGCUCGCAUGCAUCUCUUCCAGACCGGGACAGUGCGGUAGAGCUGAUGGUUACGUUCUGGAGGGGAAGGAACUGGAGUUCUACCUGAGGAAGAUCAAAGCCAAGAAAGGCAAAUAAAAUGUACAGCUCAGUUUAAUACGACGCCAAUAAAAGAAACUCCUCACA